AUGUCUGAGGAAUAUUCUAGGAAAAGACAGCGUGUUGAUGAUGAUAUUGGGUAUGCGCCCCUUGAAGACAACGAACUUCCACCGCACUUACAGGACAAUGAAGACGUACCACCACAUCUUCAAAACAACGAAGACGUUCCACCACAUCUUCAAAACAACGAAGACGUUCCACCACAUCUUCAAAACAACGAAGACGUUCCACCACAUCUUCAAAACAACGAAGACGUUCCACCACAUCUGCAGUAUAAUGAGAAGGAAUCUGCGAGAAGCGAAUCUGAACAGGCUCAUGGUCAGGAAGCGUACAACCCAAAGAGACAAAGGCAGACUUUAAAUAAUGCAGAACUAGAACGUGCGCAAGGCUUGUGCCAAAGCUUACAAACUUUAGGUGACGUGCCAUAUGAAGUUAAAGUCUUAUAUACACAGGGAACAGAGACUAUUGUUUACUUGUGGCAUGAUGACAAUUUCAGGAACUCUAUUCUAAGAUACUUUGGAGCAGUUAUCAUUGAUAUGCCCCAUAAGGCGAACCUUUUCAGCGGGUUGAUCUUAUUGGCAAAUGCCAAAAUAAGUAAAGUUGGUGAGGAUGUAAUUCAAUGGCUCAAGGCCAGAUUAGUUGAGGUAUUCGAUGAUAUCAGAGGUGAUUCAAUGGAAGUCAGUGAUUCUCUUGGUAAUAAUGGUGAAGAGGGUGAAAUGAGAUGCAUGAAAAGUUGGAAUAGAGUUAUACUUAUAUUCCGUAUGUUUGGACUAUUAUCUCCAAUGAUUCAGGAUUUCGAAUCUAUUGUCAAAUUAGCCAAAGACCUCAUUGACUACUCUAUACAAUUACAAAACGGUAGCGAGGAAAGAGUUGCAUUGGCCGAAUUGUUAUACUAUGAGAUGUUAAUUAGUUUGCCAUACUGUUUGGCCAACGAGAAGGGCAAUAAGUGUAAGGAACAAUUGAAAAAGAUUAUUGAAAGUGCUAAGCAAUUUAAUGUUCGGGUUUCAGAAGGUGACGAGAAGUUUAAACCGAUUGUGCAAGAUGCUGGAGAGCUGGUGGCAAUGUCUGAAAUUUUGAAGGACACUCCGCAAGUUGUAGAUUCUUACUUGGAUGAAAUGAAUUUAUUCUAUGAUGUUUCUCAUGUUGUUGAUCCCUUAAUAAGGACCGUACUUGCUGAAAAAAAAUUAGUAGAAGAAAAAAGUGAAAUACAGGAAGGGGAGAAUGAACAAGAGGGAAACCAGAAUGGCCCGGAAAUUGAAGAGAAGGUUGAACAUACAGGCCAAGAAAAAGAUGAAGAGAAAACAGACGAUGUGAUUUUUGCGACGCACACAGUUGGGACAAUUGAGAUUCCAAGUGCAGAACUAUUGGAUCAAAUUUCACAACUUGAUAAAUAUGCUUCUAUUGCAGAUACUUUGUGGAAGCAUCCAAGGUAUGUGCUUAAUAUUUUUCCAUAUGAAAGGCAAAGACAAGAGUUGGAUUUUGAUACCUUACCUCCAGCCAAAUCAUAUGCUUCAAUGCUUCUGAACGAUGUGUUGAACUGCACCUUAAUCAACAUGGAAUACAACAGAGUUGUUGUAAGUAAGCAGAUAUUAAAUUACCCGCUGUAUUUCAACGAGAAAGCUUUCUGUAAACCCAAUUCCCCAUUAGAUAAAUUGAUGAUUAUUGAUAACUUACGGAAGGGGAUUGAUUUUGAUUUGAUCAAGAAUUUGGAAGAAAGCAGUGACUUUGAUGAAAACAUCAAGCAAUCUAUGAUUGCAUCUGCGAAGAGAAUACAGGACGAGUAUGAGCAGGGAUUUCAGAGUACAUGGAAGAUGGAAGAGAUUGUGCUGACAAAUAUAAUCAACCUCAUUUUCCUCAUUCCGCAAAUUGAACUACCUCCUAUUUAUUUUGAGACACUAGUGGAAGAUACAUGUGGACGUGAUUGGACGUUGGUGAAGCGCUACAAUUAUGAAAGCAACGAGAGUUUAGUUUUCUCCAAAGUUGUUGGUGACAGCUUCCGCUACUUAUAUGAGAACGUUGAGAAAUUAAGGUAUGAAAACAUUGUUAAAUUUGUCAAUUGGUUUGUGUUACAAGUGAGCAACUUCAAGUUUGAAUGGGAGUGGCAAGAAUGGGUUCCGCAAUUUCUAGAGAUUGGAGAUUCCCAAAUCUAUCAUCCCAAGGUUUUCUUUAUUAGAAAUGCCAUUCACAAGGAGAUUUUGAUUACCAACUACAAGUUUAUCAAAAGCAAGACAUUACCUGAGGAGUUGAGGAAAUAUGCCAAUUUAUCAUUAAAGAGUCGGGAAGAGUUAGUUGAAUAUGAUUGCAAAUUUUUUGGGACGGAAUUUGCCCAAUUGAAUACGGUUGAUCCAUUUGAGAAUGAGGAGGAUAACUAUGGCAAUAACAAUGGCGAUGAUAUAGUUGAGACCAAUACUGAAACCUACAAGUUGUUUUCGCAUUAUUUAUUCAACCACGAUGAGCAUCCAUUCAAUGAUAUCUGUAGAGACGUGUACAUGAAUCUCGAGAAUGUUGAAGAUAGCAACGAGUCGCUCCUUGAGUUGAUUGAUAGGCUCAAGGAGCGGGUGGUCAAUGAGGGGGAUGUUAAGAAUGCCAAUGAGUAUAUAGUUACGCUUGUUCUCCAGUCAGUGUGUCUUAUUGGAUCCCGUUCAUUUUCAGUUUUCGAGGAAAGUUUGAACAAGGUAUUUGGUGACAAGCUAAAGAGUGUCUUAGAGCAUGUUGAUGCGGGAGAGGCGGAGAAAAAGGAAUGGAUCAUCAAUGCCGUUUUACGGAUUUGGAACAGCGAACCAAGGAUUGGGUUGAUGUUCCUCGAGAGGUUAGCACGAUACCAUAUAAUUGACGAAGGUACAUUAGUACGUUAUGUUUGGAAUUACAAUUGUCUCCCACUAAGAGAGGUUUAUGCGGACGAGUUUUUGGAGCGACUCAUUGACGAUCGGGAAGAUCUUAAUUUGGUUUACCUUGAAUGUCUCGAGAGACAAGUUGAGAAGUCCAAGGAAGAUGGGGAUGAAUACCAGUGCAAGUAUCUGAGAGAUGCCAUGGAGUAUCGGAGACGUGAGAGAGUGUGA